AUGGAUUCUAAUAAUCCCUUCUUUCAGUCUUCUUCUUACUUCAACUUGCUUAACAGUCAAGAAGAAGGUGGUUUAAAUGAUAACUUUCAUUGGGAAAGUUAUCCACCUUCUGGACAGAGCUCACAACCUUCUCCUCACAGCUCCCAACCUUCUCCUCACAGCUCCCAACCUUCUCCUCACAGCUCGCAAGAAACACCAAAAGAGCGCAAGGAGAGAAAGACAUGGACACCUGCUGAUGAUGAAGUCUUGAUCUCCGCAUGGCUCAACACUUCAAAAGAUCCCAUCGUUGCAAAUCAACAAAAGGGAGGAAGCUUCUGGAGCAGGAUUCAAAAAUACUAUUGUGACACUCCUCACGCUAGAAACGGUGGGGAACAGAUGCUGGUGACACAUUGCAAGCAGCGUUGGCACAAGAUAAAUGACCAUACUAACAAGUUCUGUGCCGCAUUCGCAGCUGCGGAGAGACAGAACAGCUCUGGUCAUUCUGAAAAUGAUAUCAUGAAGAAUGCACAUGAUAUCUACUUCGCUGCCCAUAACAAGAGAUUCAACCUUGAACAUUGUUGGUUUCGUUUAAGGUUUGAGCAGAAAUUUCUAUCCCUUAACACUAUUAACACGACCCCAGCUCAGCCUGCAACAAAGAGGAAACAAGCUNGAGAGAGAGAGAGAGAGAGAGAGAGAGAGAGAUGCUUCUAG